AAGAUCCCGGAAGAAAUAAACAUCCGAUAUCUUAACUCGGUAUAAUUUUUCACUGUUAAAUAUGUAUUCAGCUACGCGUAACAUAUUGACUUAGUUUGAAUUGGAUGUUUAAUUAUGCACUAAAACUAAAACAAAGAAGCUUUGAAAAUUCCAGAGAACAGAGACUUCGGACAGGGACGAAAAUAUAGAUGUCUUGAAAGUCUAGGGAACAAAAACGCCCGAAAUACGAGACACUAGAGAUGCUGAAGGCGCUAAUUUGUGUCACCAUAGUGAUUCUUCUUGUAGUUUGCCAGUCUUAUGGACUUCAAUGCAAAAAUGGUCAGACAAAUUACACAACAACACAUUACGCAGACAAAUAUAAGGUAGAAUAUACAACCGCUACGACAACAGUACGCUACGAGACUUGCACUUUUUGGAUUAUCAAUUGUAGAACAAAAUAUACCAAAAAGACAAAGAUGAUCAGCCAAAUGAUAACCGUACAAAAACCGUACGAGGUGGUCAAUUGUUGUCCUGGUUUCUUCAAUGAUAGCAAUGGAUGCACGCAAGGUUGCGAGGAAGGCCUGUAUGGUACUAACUGCACGCAAAACUGCACCUGGUGCCCGUCAUAUUGCGACAUGUAUUCAGGAAACUGCACUUGUGAACCAGGGUACACGGGCGACAAUUGUUCACAAGAAUGUUCUUCAAAUUUUUAUGGUGUUAACUGUGAACACAAUUGUAGAUGUAAAAAUAACAGCACAUGCAAUGCCGCUGACGGGUCUUGUAACUGUACAUCCCCAGGCUGGGAAGGAGCAUUGUGUGAUCAGGAAUGUACCAAUAAUACAUACGGGUUGUUUUGUAAUGAGACUUGCAUGUGUAACGAGAAUCAAACAUGUGACCACGUGCACGGUUCGUGCAUAUGCAAAUCAGGAUGGCAUGGAGAGAACUGUUCUGAGGAGUGUGACGCAAUGACGUUUGGUGUCGACUGUUUGAAGAAUUGCACGUGUGACCGCAGUAACACGCAAACAUGUGACAGGGAAACGGGCUACUGCCAUUGCAAGCCGGGUUAUAAAAACAGAGAUUGUGAUUCGGAUUGUAGUAUGGGCACCUUCGGAGAAAACUGUUCACGAAACUGCUCUGAUAAUUGCACUUACACGGACUACUGUGAUCAUAUAAAUGGAUCAUGCCUUUGCCCCGGAAUGCGCGGACCUAACUGCUCUCAGGAAUGUACAGCAGGUACAUUCGGGCCAAAUUGUAUCUGGCUUUGUAACUGUAACAACAGUUUAAACGACUCCUGCAAUAAUACAUCUGGCCAGUGUGUCUGCGAUUCCGGGUGGACCGGGCGAACAUGUGACCAAGAAUGUGGGCCAGGUACAUACGGACCAAGCUGUUCCUUGUAUUGUAACUGUACUAACAGUAAAGAUAAAUCAUGUCACAAUGUAACCGGCCAGUGUGACUGUAAACCUGGUUGGAUAGGACGCACGUGUGACAACGAAACUGAUAGCAGUAUUUCGGAUAUAGAAUAUUUGUCCGACAACUCACAAGGCUUUUUUGAAGACAACAUGUUGUACCUGAUAAUAGGGCUUAUAGCUCUUUUUAUUCUCACCACCCUCACAAUCACUGUCGUCUGCAUUCGCAGAAGACACAUGUGCAGCAGUAUGUUUAAAAGCGGAGCAAAGGGGGCCUCAAUCAUUUCAAAUUCUCAAGAAAAUCCAGGUUAUGAUGCCAGUUUAAAAGAUGCAAUACAAAUUUCGAAUAUGUCCUCUAUUGCAACGCCGAACAAUUACGAAGAGGCUGAUAUUGAAUUAAAAGGCGACAAUGUAGCAAAUAAUGAUUCGCAUAUUAUAUCGAAUGGGACAUGCUCAGAUAAAUCGGCAGAAAAUAGAGGUUCGGCACUUACAAAAAGAGAAACGGCUCAAGAGUUAGAAGAAGACGAGUAUAGUGUUCCUGACAAACACACACAUACACACAACGGAGAUCAGUCUAAUGAUGAUAGAAAUUCGCAAGAAGUAUACAAUUGCACUCAAGAUGACGCCAAAACAGACAAUACUCCGAAUGAAUACAACACUUUCAGUGAUGUUAAAAAGAUUCAAAAAGAAGCAGGAAAACAGAAAAAUGAAUCCGAUUCUGAAGAAGAUUACGAUGUCAUUUCUCACUCUGGUCGUACUGAUUCAAAGAAAAAGAAUUUGAAAGAUCAUGAACAUGAAAAUUAUUCAAGCUUUGAACAAGUGAGAAAACUUAGUUUAAAGGAUUCUGCUAACGAAGAAGAAGACACGUAUAAUGCAUUGAACGAACAUCUUCAUGUGCAUAAAUCUGCUCAUAUAAACAUAAGCCAGUACCAUCACAUUAGCUUGAAAGACAAAACAGUAGAUGGUGAAGAAUUUGAUCAGACAAAACCAGCUGUGCGAAUCACUUCACAGAGACAAUCCAGCACUAGUCAUAGACUAUCUAAACAGAAAAGCUUUCCAGAGAAAGAUGUUAUAACUGAAGAUUCUGAGGAGGAGCAGGAGGACGUCAAUACUGAAACAAAAUUGAAAGUUAAUGACAUAAUAGAAGAUGAUAUGACAGAGGUGAUUUACGACGAAUGUGGUGUUGAUGACGAGGACAACGCACCAAAUAUAGAAGAAGUUAAAAAAGUUGCCGAUGUGCCAGUAAGUAAAAAUGCUAAUAUUGAUGAAGUUGUUUAUGAAGAAUGUGAUGAGAACGUUAAUGAACAAUCAAAUGCGGUGCUUUACGAGGAUGUGGAUAAUGUGUCACAAAAAAGUGACAGUAGUGAGGAGGUGGAGGACGAGGAAGAUGAGGGGAAAGAUAAGCACGAACAUGGACCGGAUCAUCAACAACAAAUGCCGCUAAUUAAACGAACAAAAGAAAGGCGUAGAGAAGAUUAUGAAGAGUUUAAUCUAUAGCAUUGAUUGUUAUCAUAGUAUUUGCUAGUCCGAAAAAAAGUAUAAUUUUAGAUAUAAAAUAAGAAAAGAGGCGUAAAUAAACAACCAUAGUGUUCUGAAUAGGACUAGAUCCCAAAAAUGUUUAUUUAAAAACACAAUCCGAAGGAUACAACAAACUUAAUUUACAAAUCUCGAAGGGGUCAAUACAAAUGUUGGGCAUGCCAUUACAGACAUCACUCUACUACAGUUAUACUCAUUUGCCUCAACAUGCACAAAAAAUAAGCUGUCACACUACUACAGUUAUACUCAUUUGCCUCAACAUGCACAAAAAAUAAGCUGUCACAGAAUUACUACUGCCUAGGAAGGAGAGGAUAUAUAUUUAUAUGUUAUUUAAAAUUUGUAUAUGCUAUUUAAGUAUUAAAGUGACAUUAUGCCUAUCCAAGGGUAUCUAGUGACUAGUUAAAGUCAAAAUUAAUUUACAUUUUGCCAUAUUUCUAUUCAAUUUUAUAAUUUACCUCGGAUAAACGAUAAAUAACUCAUGUGGCCCAAGAAAACUGCUUUGAAUAAUCUCGUAAUUUACCUGUAACGUUCAAUUUAGAAAAAGAAGAACAGUCUUUUUUAUUUAGGGCAGAUUUAUAUUUUAUGGUAAACAUUUUCCAGUAUUAAUUAACUGUUGGUCAAUCACAAAAAAAUCAGUCAAUCUCUUGAAAUAUAUAGUGAAUUCAGCUAAACUUGACAAUGAAAAUAAUGUCACUUUAAUAUGAUUUUGAUAAAUUGUCUUAUCCAAAAUUAAAGGACCAUUUACAUUUAAAUCAAUUCAUAUUUUAUUCAGUCUUUGUAUAUACAGUAUAUAUGGACGAAGUAAUUAUGCUUUUCUUGUCAAUCAAGAAUUUAUAUUUUGUGAUAUCUUUUAAUAUCCAUACCAUUUUAAAGUAUGCUUUUCUUUUUUUAGUGAAUAAAUGAAAUAUUUCAUCUGCGUAUAUCUACCAAAUUAUACAGCAUCCUGUUUACAUGACAACCAUGCAUCUUUCUACAUGGAUAUAAAUGCAUUUAUAGACUUUAUCAUUACGAAGUCAAGUACGACGUUAUCAUUUGAAAUACUUGUCAAUCAAACCGCACAUAAAUGGACUACUUGACAAAAAAUCCAAAUCGGAAUAUCUCGGCUAUUAUAAAUUUUUAUCGGAAAGGGCCACGAUGAUGUGAUUGACAAAAACCAUUAAUCAUUUCUAAGGAAAAUUCCAAACAAAAUACAUGUAUAUAUUGACUGAAAGGCAAAAAGUGCAGUGAAUAGCGAAAACUGCAGUGAAAUAGCAAAAAGUGCAGUGAAUAGCAAAAAGUGCAUUGAAUAGCGAAAAGUGCAGACCAUAAUCAAAUGACAAGGAAGUGCCGGCUGAUCUUGGUCUGGACUGGUCACGUGGGUAAUAUAUGUUUGCCGUCAGCAGAGGCUUUGGAUUAAGUGUUUAUCAAGGAAGUGUUUAUGUUGUAAGAUUUGUGUUUGAUAAUGAGCACAUCAUAAGGAAUUUAUUUCAAUUGUUUCAAGGUCUUAUAUAUAAGUGUCAUAUUUAGAUACACAACAAUAUUUUCUAUCUCUGCCAAUGAUAUAAUGUGAAUUAUGGUAAUAAUAAUUUUUUCGAUAAUUUGUAUUAAAAUAGGCACUGUAUGUCUUAAGUACAUUCAUGUAUUUAGAUAUAUUUAAUAUAUUAAGUUUAUAGAAUCAUUCAAAUCUACAGUUAACUGGCUUACACCAUAUACGUUCCUACUCAUUUCGUUUUUACUACACUUGUCUUCAUUAUGUAUUAUUAUUGACAAUAAAUCGGAUAUGGGCCUUCCAUUGAAUUAUCAAAAAUCUAUUUUAAAAGCUGGCCAAUUUUAUAAACAGUUCGUAUAACCGUGCUGUUAUAUUUAAAGGGACUCCACUGAGGUAUUUUGACAUGACGGGACUAAAAAUAUUUUUUCCAGAAAAAAUGUACCAUUUGAUGUAGGUUUAGACAACUAAUCUUUAUGCAAAAAUUUCAGAUAAUUCCGCACUUUGUUUUUCCAGAAUAAUUAUUCAAAUUGUAAAAAAAAAUUGCCCAAAAAUGAUAAGCGUUUAAACGCUUUUCAAUCAAAUCGGGCUAAGAAAAGCAUAAAAAUACGAUUUUCAAUUUAUUUCAAAGUAUAUUUCUUAACUGUCUGUUUUUAAAGUGCCCCAGCUCAUUUAUGUAGGAAAUUCAAAUGGUAUAUUUUUAGGCCUUUAAAACCUCAAUGGAGUCCCUUUAAGAUCUACUCACAGUUAUACUACUCACAAAUAAUAUUUAAGCGAAUGUAGCUUUUUGUAUGAAGAUGUUGUUAAUAUUAUAUUCCUGUUGUCUUUAAUUUGUAAUAUUAUCAUUGCCAUCAUAAGAUAAUCAUUUAUUCAUAUUACUCAUUAUUGAAAAACAUCACGUCACAUAAUCAGCAUUAACCCUUAACCGACUGAAAUUGUGUAAUGAACUCGUACAACACUUUAUUUGGAACAGUGCAUUCAAAGUUUAAGGGAUUCCAAUAUCAAAAUUUGAAUUAAAAGAAAAAUCGAGAUACCAACAGUAUAGAGCCUGGUCAGACUGUAUAUGGAUGUGCAUGCUCGUAGGGCUCUAUAAUAGUGGCAAAGAUUAAACACUUCAUGGUGGUUUUAGCACGGCAAUGGUUUAAAUAAGUGUUACGUUACAAAUGUUGCAUUUCAUUAAAGGGUAAAAAGCUAAAGCUUGCCAAUAAACUAUAAAAUUUAAAAAAAAAUGAGCCGCGUCACGACAAAACCAACAUAAUGGGUUUGCGACCAGCAUGGAUCCAGACCAGCCUGCGCGUCCGCGCAGUCUGAUCAGGAUCCAUGCUGUUCGCUUACAGACCCUAUAACAAGUAAAGAAACUGAUAGCGACGCAGGCUGGUCAGGAUCCAUGCUGGUCGCAAACGCACUAUGUUGGUUUUGUCAUGACACGGCUCAAAUGUCUGUAUUUGUUAAAUGUACUGUAUUACAUACAAUUUUAUAGAUAACAAAACAAGAAAAGCUAUCUUCAAGACUAGCUAAAUUCUCCUAUACUAUUUUGAUAAAAGCAACUACAACAACAGAAGAUACUCGACCAAUUACAAAAGGCAUAAUAUAGCAAUUUACACAUUAAAACAUUGAGUGCAUGCUUGAAACAAACAGUGUGUUGCUUUCACAUACUAGGAUCUGAACUUGAUUCAAUGUUCACAGAAUGAUUGUUUAAGCAGUCUUAUUACAGAAACUAACUUUUUAUUAUAAUUGUUUGUUUGUUUGUUUGUUUGUUUGUAGUGUUAUAAAAUUAUGUUAAAGCAAAUUUAAGAAAUGAAGUGUAUGACAUUUCCUGAUUAAUUUUUAUAUAAUUUUACCAUUUAUUUUAUGUCAAUUUUGGCCAAAGUAUAUACACUACG